AUGGUAGCAGAGGACAUCAUGAUAGGCCCCACCACCAUGGUGGGCCCCACCACCACAGUGAGCCCUGCCAUGACAGUGGGUCUUACCACCACAGUGAGCCCUACCACCAGAGUGGGUCUUACCAAUAUGAUGAGUCCUAUCACCAUGGUGGACCCCACCACCAUAGGGGAUCCCGCCACCAUGGUGGGCUUUACCACCACGGGAUCCUACCAUGAUCACAUACCUCACUACUAUGAUGAGUACCACCAGAGCCACCGCAGUGAGCACCAUGGCCACCAUGGCAAGCACCACCAUGGCCACCACGGCGAGCACCACCAUGGCCAACACGGCGAGCACCACCAUGGUCACCACGGCGAGUACCACCGUAAUGUGCAUCGUCAGGAUUAUCUCCGUGGUGAUUACCGCUAUGGGGAGUACCCUCAUGGUAGCUCCCAAGGCUUUGGCCCACACAAGUCUCAGACUGUGGCCAGAGCCUCCCUUGGCUCUUCGCUUUCUCAUUCAGUAGCCCUCCAGCCUAGCAAGCUCCAGAUACAGCACUCAGCCUUCAGCCUGACUCGUUCCCUCAGUGCAGUGCACUCACAUGGAUCCCAAGUGUCCAACAAAGCCCACCCUCAGGAUUCCUCCUCUAAAACUUCCUCAGAAAGCUGGACAGAAGAAGAUGAACAAUUUCAGAAGCGCAAAACUGGCAGAGCUCAGCGGUCCCACAAGAAGCUGCACACCGUGGACCUCUUCUACAGGUUGUGGGAAAAAUUAAGCUACCUCAUUCGGGGCCUCCGGAGAAUGCUUAGGAACCUGACUGAGUCCCUAGCCUUUGAAGCCUUCAUCUUCCUCACUGUCUGCCUCAACACUAUUAUGCUUGUGGCCCAGACCUUCGCUGAAGUAGAAGUCCGGGGUGAGUGGUACUUCAUGGCCUUCGACUCUAUUUUCCUCUGCAUCUAUGUGGUAGAAGCUGUACUCAAGAUCAUUGCACUGGGCCUCAAGUACUUUUCUGACUCCUGGAACAAUCUGGACUUCUUCAUCAUGAUCAUGGCUAUGCUGGAUUUCCUGCUCUUACAGUUCAACUCCUUCACUUUCGUCUACCACCAAAGUGUCUUCCGGAUCUUCAAGGUGUUCAAGAGCUUGCGGGCCCUGAGGGCCAUCCGGGUCCUGCGGAGGCUCAGCAUCUUGACCAGCCUCCAGGAAGUGACUGGGACCCUGGCACGGUCCUUGCCGUCCAUCACUGCCAUCCUCAUCCUCAUGUUUACCUGCCUCUUCCUCUUUUCUGUGGUGCUCCGGGCUUUGUUCCGCUUAUCUGACCCGAAGCGCUUCCAGAGCAUCUUCACCACCAUCUUCACCCUUUUCACCUUGCUCACCCUGGAUGACUGGUCCAGCAUCUACCUGGACAGCCGGGCCCAGGGUGCCUGGUACAUCAUCCCCAUUCUCAUGAUUUACAUCAUCAUCCAAUACUUCAUCUUCCUCAACCUGGUGAUUGCUGUCCUGGUGGAUAACUUCCAGAUGGCUCUGCUCAAAGGCCUUGAGAAAGUAAAGCAGGAGAGGGCUGCCCGGAUCCACGAGAAGCUGCUGGAUGACUCACUGACAGAACUCAGCAAAUCAGAACCUGAAGAGGUAGUGAGUGAACACACCAAACAGAAGCAGCUCAUUGAGAAAAAAUUUGGGACCAUGACUGAGAAGCAGCAGGAGCUCCUAUUCCACUUCCUGCAGCUGGUGGCGGGGGUGGAGCAUCAUCAACAGAAAUUCCGCUCCCAGGGAUCUGUUCUUGAUGAGAUUGUGGACACUGCGUUUGAGGCUGGAGAAGAAGACUUCAGGAAGUGA